AUCUGUCGGUAAAACAGUACAGGGACGUCUCGAAUUACUUCUUCCCGUUUGUGCCUCGUUCAUUGAGUCACGUCACACGGAAAUUCCGAAAAAAAUUUCAGCGAAAAUGGCACUCGCUUUUGGUAUGUGUGAGACCCCGGGAUGUAAAACUAUAGCCAGUCUUCAGUGUCCAACUUGUUUAAAACUUGGGAUACAGGGCUCUUAUUUCUGCACUCAGGAUUGUUUCAAGCGAAGUUGGAAAACACACAAAGUCAUUCAUCAGUUAGCAAAGGGAACAGGUGGCGAUAAAUCAUCUAAUGAGUACAAUCCAUGGCCUUUCUAUCAUUACACUGGCAAAUUACGCCCUCACAAGAGGGAAUCUCGUCGAGAAGUACCCGAACAUAUCAAACGUCCAGAUUAUGCUACACACCCAACUGGAUUGUCUGUGAGCGAGCAGUCAAUGCGAGGUUCUGCGCAAAUAAAAAUUCUUGACGACGAAGAAAUCGAAGGGAUGCGAGUGGCUUGUAAGCUUGGGCGAGAAGUUUUGGACGAGGCUGCACGCACCUGUGAUGUAGGUGUUACUACAGCAGAGAUAGAUAGGGCAGUUCAUGAGGCUUGUAUUGAAAGAGACUGCUAUCCAUCUCCGCUGAAUUAUUAUCAAUUUCCAGCUAGUUGUUGCACUUCUGUUAACGAAGUGAUUUGUCACGGUAUUCCUGAUACCAGACCACUCCAAGAUGGAGAUAUUUGCAAUGUUGACGUAACUGUGUAUCAUAAUGGCUUUCACGGUGACUUAAACGAAACAUUUCUAGUCGGUAAUGUGAAACCCGAAGUAAAGAAAUUAGUCGAAGUUACACAUGAGUGUUUAUCGAAAGCUAUAGAUAUCGUACGACCUGGCGAAAAAUAUAGGGAAAUUGGGAAUAUUAUACAGAAACAUGCACAAGCUCAUGGAUUCAGUGUAGUACGGAGUUAUUGCGGUCAUGGAAUUCAUCGUUUAUUCCAUACCGCGCCAAGCGUACCUCAUUAUGCUAAAAACAAGGCUGUGGGCGUCAUGAAACCAGGACACUGUUUCACUAUAGAACCAAUGAUAUCUCAAGGCACAUGGAGAGACGAGAUGUGGCCUGAUACUUGGACAGCAGUUACCGCGGAUGGCCAGUGGUCGGCACAGUUCGAACACACGCUGCUUGUUACCGAAACUGGUUGCGACAUUCUCACGAAACGACUUACAAAUGAUGGGAAACCAUGGUUCAUGGAUCGAUCAUAGUAGUACUUGUCGCCGUAAAUUGUCGUCAGUUUAUGUCAUUUCAAAUUUUGUGAAUACGUAAGCAUUAUACUGCUUUAAUUAUCUUUGAUUUCAUUCGGUCCAUGCGAGGUUUGUUUUGUUUUUCAAGAUUGGAUUCCCCUUUCUUAUAGGUAACUAACUCCAGUCAUGUAUUUCUUCUAAGGUAUUUUUUACUGUACGCCCGUUUUCUUAUUUAAUUUUGUAAAAACGAGGAGACAAAAGCGAAAACGACCCUUGGAGAAAAUAGAAUCUCUCCCUAGACUUUUGUUUAUAACCAAAAUAAUUCCUGUACCAUAUGGAUAGAUUACCUCAAUGAUACAUAUGUACAUACAUAUAAAUGUAUAAUUCAGAUUGGUGAUGCGCAAUGACUGAAAUAAAAGAUUGAUUCUGUAAAUCAA